AUGACGUACAUCUACGCCGAAGACACCACAUGCAUUCAAGUCGCCGCUGGCACCACCGGACCAGACGAUCACUCGAGUGACUAUUGCAGCUGCUGCGAGUCUGCACGCAACCCAUCGUCUGUGAUAAAUACGUGCCCUGGCUCCGACCUCUCCAUCCUGGACUUUCCGAAAGUCGUGUCCAACAGCAUCCAAAGUGGGCCACGGGCCUUGGGCUUCAAUUGCUCGCCGAUCCUGAACAGCGACAUGUGCACACUGACGUUUGGAUUGGACCUCUGGGCCGGCACCGAGUUCUACGACCUCGCGGCACCGCCGCCGAACGUCACCAUGGAUAAGCCGCUGAGCGACAUCGGCACCCUUACGGCCUUUCCCGGCGCUCAGACCUACCCUUUGACCAUCUCUAACGCAGGGUACACGUCAACCAUCACAAUGGCGCCGUUCAACGCGAAAAAUGCCGCCGCUGCCACGCAGACCAUGGCCUCAGGAGCUACCGGCGGUGCACAGGAGCCAGGAAGUCAUGGCUCAGCGAAGGCGGCGUGCUGCAGCAAAGAAGCGAUGUAUCUGAUAGGAUUGAUAUUCGGGCUCAUGUCCUUUUCAUUUACUUUCUGA